GGAUUUUGGAAGUCGAGGGUUGUGGCUGAGGGCUGACAUAACAGGAAUUCCUUAAUAUGAGUGAUGAUAAACCUUUCCAAUGUACUGCUCCUGGGUGUGGACAGAGAUUUACAAAUGAAGACCACUUGGCUGUCCACAAACACAAACAUGAGAUGACCCUGAAGUUUGGCCCAGCAAGGAAUGACAGUGUCAUCAUUGCUGAUCAAACCCCUACACCUACCCGCUUCUUGAAGAACUGCGAGGAGGUCGGGCUCUUCAAUGAGCUUGCAAGUCCGUUUGACCAUGACUUCAAAAAAGCCACUGAAGAUGACAUUAAAAAGUUACCACUGGAUUUGUCACCUCUUGCAACGCCUAUUAUACGCAAUAAAAUCGAGGAACCCACAGCAAUGGAGGCACAUCGAGAUAGCCCUCUGCCUCACCCCGAAUCUACAACAAGUGACGACAAGGAUUUAUCUUUGCAGCCAGCCUCACUGCCAACAUCCACUAUAGUCCAUCCUGCAUCCCUCCAAGUUCCCAAUGUACUUCUAGCAACCUCAGAGGCUAAUGUUGUAAUACAGCAAGCUCUCCCAUCGCCAACAUCUAGCUCUGUUAUUACCCAAGUCCCAUCCACUAAUAGGCCUAUAGUCCCGGUGUCUGGCACCUUCCCUGUGCUCUUACAGCUGCCUAACGGCCAGACCAUGCCAGUUGCUAUACCUGCGUCUAUUACAAACUCAAGUGUACAUAUUCCAACUACAAUCCCUCUUGUCAGACCUGUCACCGUAGUGCCUAACGUCCCCGGGAUCCCAGGACCUCCCUCGCCACAGCCACAGGCACAGCCACAGGCACAGCCCGCCCAAUCAGAAGCAAAACUGAAACUGAAAGCCACAUUAAGCCAGCAGCUUCCUCAGGUAACCAAUGGAGAUGGUGUUGAAGUUCAGAGCAGCGCUGUAACUCACACGGCCGCUCCCGCUUCUCCCGCCCCGACCGUGACCCCGACCGUGACCCCGACCCCGACCGCAGUCCUCACACCCACUCCGGCUCCUCACCUGCCCACAACUGAGGAACCUUCUCCCCAUUCCCUGCAACAGCCAGCCACCUCCACCACAGAGACACCUGCUUCCCCGGCGCCCCCUGCGCAAAACCCGCCAAGCACAGGGGGUCGGCGGCGCAGAACCACAAGUGAAGACCCUGAUGAGAAGCGGCGCAAGUUCCUGGAGCGUAACAGGGCUGCCGCUUCUCGCUGUAGGCAGAAGAGGAAAGUGUGGGUCCAGUCUCUGGAGAAGAAGGCUGAGGACCUCAGCUCCAUGAACGGACAACUACAGAAUGAAGUCACCCUGCUGAGAAACGAAGUGGCUCAGCUGAAGCAGCUUCUCCUGGCUCAUAAAGAUUGCCCUGUAACCGCCAUGCAGAAGAAAUCUGGCUAUCACAUCUCUGACAAAGACGAGAGCUGCGAGGAGAUGUCCGUCCCUAGCAGCCCGCAGAACGAGGCCAUCCAGCACAGCUCCAUCAGCACCUCCAACGGGGUCAGCUCCUCCUCCACGACCCCGGCCGUCUCCGCCCCGUCCAGCGCCGCCGCCGCCGCCGCCAUCACAUCAAACCAGAGCACAGAGGAGAGCCAGUCGCGGCGGGGCGCCGCCCAGUCUCAGCCUUCAGGGAGUUGAUCAUCCCAAACUCUGCCCGAGCGUCAACACUGGAGCUCCGUUGCCUCUUGUAUCUCUGUGACAAACAGGGGAAAGCGAUUCUCUCUCAGCUUCAGUUUGGACCGUUCUGUUUUUAAUUUAUUCUUGAUUGGUUUGUUUCAUGUUUGGUCCAUUUUGUCCUCCAUAGGCAAUGCUUUUUGAAAAUGCAAUGUUUUCUCUGGAAUUGAUGAAGACAAAAGAACAGGCACUUUAGGUGUAAGAUGUAAAAUACGUGGUUCUAAAAUGUUUUUGUAUUUGUGUGAUUUAUUUAUUAAUCUUAUAUAUUUUUUUAUUUGAAGGCGAUCAGCCUGAACGGUUGAUCAGUGAAUUGUUAGAGACCUUACCAAAGUGUGUUGUGGCUCAUUUGUAAUUUGUUUGUUUUCAUGACUUUUAUAAGCACUAUCUUUAUGAUACAGUUGCAUAAAGAGCAGUCACUUUUUGUUACAACUUGCUUUUUCCAUUUUGCACAUUUUGAGAGAUGACGGGUUUACCUUUUUGGAGUUUGACAGUCCACACGUUAAGUACUGGCAGCUUUUUAGAAGUAGAUUUGAAUACUGUCACAUUACACAAAUGUAAAUGCCAGAAUCAGAUUUUAAAUUUGACAACUUUUCUGUGAGUGAGAUCAGCUGUAGUCACAUUGUGCAGUUUGAAUGUUUGAGCUCACCUCUGCUUGUAAAAUAGUCUUAAGGAGGUGGGUUGGUUAGAAAUGUUUGUUAUUUCAUUGACAUUCCAUCUGUAGUCGGAUUGUUCCUGAAGCAGUGAUUGUAGGAUUGCAGUACAUUUUCCAUUACUCAAUCAUGGUGAUGUUGACUUCAUUCAGUGCCAUUAAUGUUUUUGUAUAAAUUACUUCUGUACCUUUUCAAUGCAGAUUAGCUUAAGUUCAUUGCCGUUCUUUCAUAUUAAGGGUCUCAUGAACAUACUUGCUCAGUAGAGGAGAUGUAUUGCUUUUAUAUACUGUCUUUGCUUUAUAAGUGACUGUUUAUGGCUCCAGUGUCUAACGCAGAACACUUAAGGACAUUAUGCUGUUUUCAUGAUUGCAAUUCUAGAUGACGUUUUUAGACAACAUUGUAAAUAACAUCAAUGAUACAUUGUACGUGAUCUUUUGAGGUGUUAUGUACUCUGUUUUUAUUUGUUUUUUCUAUAGGAUAGUCUGGAUUCAGUAGCUGAGCUCUGUUGAUCACAUGACCUAGGUUAGCAGUUAAAAACUGACCUUUAAAAUCUUCCAAUCAAUAGGAUAGUCCUCUCCCUGACUCAAUAAUGUUGCCAUGUAAAAUGAAAGCAUUCGGAUGUGAACUGGAAUCACAUCAUGUAUAUUAGAGUAACACUACUACUGCUUUGUAAGAAUUGUGAGCGUUUCAUCAUUGAAAUAAUUGUAGGAAGCAAAUCGCACCAUGAAGUCAAUUUGCCUUUUCUCUUAGUCUGUACCGGCUUACUACUGUGUAGUUUUACGAGAAGCUAACACAUUGUUUUCUUAAAGUAUGUUUGUUUGUUUUUUUAUUUUACUGUUAUGUGCUAUCUGCAUGAGUUAAUAAUUCUCUGCGAGAAUUUAACGGUUUGUUCAAUAAUGUCUCAGUCAGAUAAAUAUCAUUAAACAAGUUGUUUCAACUUGAGUUGUGGCUCUAAGAUUAUGAAAACUUUGGUUAUUUGUUUUACCAUGGCUUAACUGCUAAAAAAAGGGGUGUGAUACUGUGUGGAAAGUGUACUUGUAACUUGU